GUUGCAAAGUGGUCGUAAGUCGUAACACUAUCUGGUGUACUAUUCAAAUACAGUGUAUUUAAUGUACUAUAGUCUACAACUUAUCCUGUAAACGGGUUCAGCCAAAAAUCAUAAAUAUACUAAAGGUCCAUUUAAUCAGAAGAAAAUGUAUUUGAUGGUUUAAUCGGGUGUUCCAGUGCCAGAGAGGACAUAACUCGUAGAUGGAUACAAUAGUAAGGAGAAGCGGUAGAAAAAACGAUGCAACUGAUACCACCGCCAAUGUUUGCCGAUUAUGACAUACUAUUGGCUUGCGGGCUGCUCAUAUUCUGGUGCGGUUAUUGGUUGGUGCACAUAAGUGCAAUAUGCUAUGGGAAGUUUAAACUCUACAGAAAGCCCAAACCAGAAUUAUCUGUUCAGUUGAUACCAUCUUUAGUAUCUUUAGAACAUGGGUUGCCGAGAAAUAACAAAAAACAAUAUCCGGGUGUUAGUAUAUUGAAACCAUUAUUGGGUGUUGAUCCUAAUCUAUUUGUCAACUUAAGCUCAUACUUUCAAAUGGAAUACCCAAUGUAUGAAGUAUUAAUAUGUGUGGUCGAUCAAAAUGAUCCUGCUGCAAUGGUAGCUAAUCGGCUAUUAGAAAUGUAUCCAUCAGUAGAUGCUCGACUUUUUUUAGGUGGUUCUCAAGUAGGUGUUAAUCCAAAAAUCAAUAAUGUACACGCAGCAUACCAAGCAGCCAAGUAUUCUUUGAUACUCAUAUCGGAUAGUUCAAUAAAAAUGAAAAAAGAUACACUUAGCGAUAUGGUUGAUAAUAUGGCUGAUGAUGUUGCAAUUGUACAUCAAGUACCAUUCACAUGUGAUCGAAUUGAUAAUAGAACUGAGUCUAUGACUCCACCUCUGUCAGAUAAUACGGCAGAUCCUUCAUCAUUUUUAAAAUUAAAUGGGAAAGUAGAAUACCAAUGCCAAACUCGCAAACAACGACGUUUUGUUGCUACUUUAGAAAAAGUAUUUUUUGGAACUGCUCAUGCACGAGUGUAUUUAAUGGCUGAUCUUGUAGGUGCUAUAUGCCAUACAGGUAUGUCGACACUAUUGCGUAAGCAAGCAAUGGAUGAAUGUGGUGGUUUGCAAGCAUUUGCUAGUUAUCUUGCUGAAGAUUAUUUUAUGGCUAAAUUAGUAGUUGCCCGAGGUUGGCGCACUACGAUAAGUAGCCGACCUGCAUUACAAAAUAAUGGAGGCAGUGAACUAAGUAAAUUUCAAGAUCGUCUUAGAAGAUGGGUCAAACUUAGGAUAGCUAUGGUACCACACACAAUUGUAUUGGAACCAUUAUCUGAAUGUCUAAUUUUAGGCGCAUGUGCUGCAUGGGCAGCAAACACAAUUUCUGGGGGUUCAAUUGAUCCUUAUGCAUUCUACAUGAUACAUGUGCUUGUUUGGUUCUUAUUAGAUUGGAUUCUCUUAAAUGUGAUGCAGAAUGGGCCUUUGCCAUUUACAAAAUUCGAGUACUUAGUUGCUUGGUUGUAUAGAGAAUUCAUGGGACCAUACCUGUUUUUAACAGCACUCUUAUGGCGCCCAUCAGUUGUUACAUGGACCACAAGGCAAUAUCGCCUACGUUGGGGUGGUCUAUCAGAAAUUUAUAACCAACAAUCAACAAGCUCUAGCUCAGAUUCCAUAACUGCCACAGUGCCUAUAGCAACUACUACCAGUGUCACUUAUGACACAACUGUGCCUAAUAAUUAUUGUAGUACUCACCAGCAGCAACCUCCAAAUGGUAUUGGGUUCACAUCAAAAAUUAAAGUUUAAAUAAUAGCAAAUAGCUACUUACAAACUUUUUUACGAAUUUAUUUUUAAAACUAAGAUAAUAAUUUACCUCCAAUAUAAGUAUAACCAAUAUUUAUUGAAAAUACAAUGAUCUGGAAAAUAUUUUUGAUGUCACGUGCCUUUUGAAAAAUCUAUGUAUAAAACUGUAAUAUACAAUGUUAUAAUUUUGUAAUUAAAUUAAUAAAAAAAGAUAUAUGUAAUAAUAUACUUACAGUCUGUCUAAAGAUGAAGGUGAUACACAAUAUUUUUUAGGAAUAAUCUGCAAUAUGAAUUUUGAUAUUUUCAUAAAGGUUAUUGUAAUACACAUUUUAGAAAUAAUUGAAAUUUUAUUAUUUGCGCAUGUGCUCAAAAAUAAUUUUUUUUAAAUGUUUUAAUGAUAAACGAGAACACAGCUUAAUUUUUUAAGUUUUAUUGAUUUAUCAUGUUUCCCUAACUUUGAAAUGAAGCAAAUGAGACCAAGUUAUCAGUUUUAAAUAUGGUUUAUUUAAUUUACAUUUAAAUUAUAAAAAAAAAAUUAAUAAUAAUAAUAAUAAUAAUUGUUGGUAUUUAAUAUUUUUUCAUUUAAUAAUAUUUAUUUAUUUGAUAAUAUAAUGACUAAUUAGUAUUAUUAAAAUACAACUUAAACUACCUACUUAACAAAGAAUAUUUUUAAAUAUUAAGUUUUGUAUAUUUAGCCAUGCGCCUAAAAUUGACUUGGUCAAUUAUAAUUACUAAAUCAAACAAAACCGGAUUAUAUGAAGUGAAACUAUCGAUUAUUUUAUAAUGUUAGUGUGUUCAAAUUUGUAUUUAAAACUUGCAUUGCAAUAAAAAAAAAAAAAAAAUACUUAUGUGCACACAUACUUACCAUAUCUAAGUAUUUAAUAAUUUAAUAAUUUCUAAAAUGUGGAAUACAAUAUAUCAAGUAUUGAAAAUUAUUAAAUGUCAUUCCAUAAAAAUAUUUUUUAUCAAAUUUAUCUUUUGAUACAUUGUAAAUAUUUCACAUAUAUACAUUUGUAACAA